AUGAAAUUCUACAUUACUUUUCUGAUUUUUCUGGCGUUUUUCAUAACUUCUACUUAUUCGGCUACAUUCAUGUAUCCAGUGAAAGUUGGAGACGAAGUUACACUUGUCGAAGGAAGUGGUCCUCUCAGAUUCUUUUCAGAGGAUCAUAAGGAAUAUACUUUCAAUUUUAGUGGACCGAAUAGAGGAUUCUUCACUGAUAAUAAGGUAUUAUUUUACAGACGAGGUACUUAGCCUAACUCUUGUUCAUUUUCAGACCAAGAAACGAUUGCCAGCUAAUAAUCUUCGAAUCAAGGGAAAUGAUGUGAUCAUCACAAAAAUCACCAAAGCUGAUGCUGGUCAUUAUGAACGUGGAGGAAAUAUGGUUACUGUAAUUGUUGAAUAA